GUUAAAAACCGGAUGUCACGUGACAGACUCUUAAUUUGCCAAAUUGUUUUUGUUUUAUGCUAAGUAUUCUCUCUUUAUGCAUGUUCAGACAUGGGUCCAUUUCUCAUUGUGUUUGGCAUUAUAGUGUCCUUGAAUUUCCUAUCAAACUCAAACGCAGCAGCCAACAUAACAUGUGACACAGGACAUUAUCACCAUUUAGAUCUGGACAAAUGUGUUGAGUGCUCCUCCUGCAAUGAAGAGCCUGUGAUGUGGCCCUGCCAAGGGACCAAAGACACUCAGUGCGGAAUCUUACAAUUCACAUUCUCUGACUUUUCCUUCAUGAACUCCCAAAGCUAUGGCGAAGUUGGGAGUGAUGGUGAUGGCGUAGCCAAGGCACCAAGGAUUAUGGGUUCAGAAGCAGAAGAGAGGCAGUGGCAGACAGUCGCAUUCGUGCUCAUCGGCAUGAUCAGUUUCCUUGUCAUACUGGCCACCAUUGUCAUCAUCAUCAGCUGCCAUAAGUUCAGGAACUACCCAUGGUUGUGUAAGACAGUCACCACUGAAACAGGUGAUGAUGCCGAGAACGGCUAUGUGGUUAUCCACCGGUUUAUGCCACCAAGCGCCUCCCCCCCAGUGAUCAGCGAGUGUAGCCAACCUUUGGUUACCCCGCCCACAGAAGAGGCUAAUGUCCAGACAGAGCCGACUCAUUUCUUCAUCCAAUAUAACAACUCUGCAAGAAGAUCUAGGGCUUAUACACCGAAGAGACGAUUGAUGAAUGAGUAUGUUGAUGAUGUGUUUGAAAGUGAUGACAGUAGUGGGUCAAGGACACUCAGUAAACAGCUGGCUCCGAUACCUGAAAAGUCCGACCAGGAAGAGGAAGGUGGGGGAUGUUGACAGGGAAUCCACUGGUCACAAUCGUUUUAGGAGUUUAGGCCAUUUGGAUAUAUGGCCAGUUAAGUAAAAAUGGUGGUUAUGGUUGUGUAGAUUGUGAUGGAUUUAUGUUGAUGAUGUGACUUGAGGAUGGUUAUGUCACUUGUAAAGUGUUGCUAAGUAUUUGUAUUAUAAUGUGAGUAGGUAAUCUCAAGAAAGCAGGGUUGUGCAACAAUUAUCUGGUCCACUUAGGAAACAUUUUGCAUUCAUUGUGAACAGGAUCAAGUCCCUUAUAUAUUUAUUAUUUUUUGCUGUUAUAAGAAGUUUUAAACUACCAAACUAAUGUAGGCUAAUGUCCAUCAGGGUGAACUAAUGUUACGAGUUAAAAUCAGUCUUAUGGCCGAGCUACACUGGACAAAUUUAAUUGAAUGGUUCCUUAACACUCCCCUUGUUGAAGUUUGCUUCUCUUGAUGUACAGUCCGCCAGAAAUGUUGAAUAAAAUUUUCUUGAAUUUAAUGAAUAUUGAGAGGGGUUGUUGUUGUUCUUUUUAAUAAAUUACCAUAAUUUAUAAGAAGGUGAAAAAUAAAAAUUGAACAUGAGAAGUUGAACAUGGAUACUAACCUAUUUUAGCUUGAAGAAUCAGCUGUGUUGUGAUAUGCAAAAACAUUAACUUAGACAUCAAUCAAAAGAAAUUCACAGAAAACUAAGUAUCCAUGUAAAUGCUAUUAACGAGCAGUGUAGCAAAGCCCAUAAAUCUGGCUUUAACAAAAGUCUAGUUUUGCCGCUUAAAAGAGUAUGAGCUUUUGCUGAUGAAUGUUGUGCUCUUUAUUUUUUUCAAUGUAUAAUUAUUUAAAAGGUGUUGUUGUUUUUUGUAUUUAUGUAUCAUUUAUAUCCAAUACCAAAGAAACUAUGUGCUAUUAACUCAGUGUUAAAGAAAUUUGACCACUGGUGCGGUGUUUUUGUAUUAAAGCAAGAUUAUUUUAUAUUGGGCUUCCAAUGAUUAACAGUCAGAUUGUUCCAGUACUGGUGCUGUAUUUCAACGCUGGUCAUUUAUAGUUAAGAAAUUACGAUAACUAUGUGCCUGUAUAUACAAGCCAUUAUGCCAGUACAUAAGUAAGCAUGGUUAAUGUGUUAAGUCUGAGUAAAGAGAUUAUACAUGUAUUAGAUAAUUUUCUUUAUUGACCAUAAACAAAUGUGUUCAUUUAUUUGUGAUUGUAUUCACAUUUGUACUACUACUACUCCUGAAAUGUUUAUAUUUUUAGACUUUUUCGGAAGGAGUUGAAUGUGACUACGGUAUUGUGUCUGGGAGUGUACAAUGCAUCAAUGAAUCAUUGUCAAAACAUUUUAUUACCAUUAAUACUCUAAACAUCUUUAAAGACCUCAAAAUAUGGAAUGUAAAGAAGCAGUAACUAUUUUGUUUGGCUUGAUUUGUAACAAUUUAGUUUGCAAUUACCAUACAUUACUUAGAAUAGCAAUCAUCAUCAUCAUCAUCAUCAUCAACAUCAUCAUCAUCAUCAUCAUCAUCAUCAUCACAAUCAUCAUCAUCAUCAUCAACAUCAUCGCACGAGUAACAGGGUCCAACACUUAUCAUUUUAAAACAGUCAGUUUUACUCUGUAAUUUUUUCACAUUACAAUGCAAGACAUCGAAAAUAAGUGCCCACACUAUAAUAUAAUCCAGUAUUGUUUUUUAUCCCCUGCCGAAUCGAAGGUUUCGGGAGGGGGAUAUUGUUUUGGCUCUGUCUGUCAUUCCGUCCGUCCGUCCAUCCGUCCUGUACCAUAUCUUGAUAUGUAUUGAUCAGAAAAUGUUCAAACUUGGUCAGAAUGUUCCCCUUGAUCAAUUCUCAGCCACUUGUAAAAGUGGGUCACAUGGGGUCAAAAAAACUAGGUCACUAGGUCAAAUCUUUGGAACAUACUAGAGGCAUUGUACAUGGUCAAAUAUUCAUAAAACUUAGAAUGUUUUACUUGAUAUAAUCUUGGACUUAAUUUAAAACUGGGUCACAUAUGAUCGAAAGUUAGGUCACUAGGUCAAAUCUUUUGUCCAGAAUGGAAAUGAUUGGUCGGAUUAUGUCCAAACUUGGUCAUGAUGUACCCCUUGAUGAAAUAUGGACCGCAUGUAAAAGUGGGGCACAUGGGGUCAAAAACUAGGUCGCUAGGUCAAUUCUUAGGGAAAAAAUUGAAACACAAUAGAGGCAUUAUGUAGGGUCCUAAUAUUCAUGAAACUUGAUCAGAAUGUUUUCCUAGAUGAACUCUUGGACAUGUUUUAAACUGGGUCACAUGUGAUUAAAAAUUAGGUCACUAGGUCAAAUCUUUCAAAAAUCUUGUCCAAAACUAUUUUAUGGUUGUGUUUGGUCGGAUUAUGUUCAAACAUGGUCAGAAUGUUCUCUUGGGUUAAAUUUCGAUUGCGUUUUAAAAGUGGGUCAUAUGGGUCAAAAACAAGGUUAAUAGGUAAAAAAUAUUGGGAACACGCUAUAGGUAAUCUAAAAUUCAUGAAACUUAAUCAGAGUGUUUUCCAUGAUUGUUGUUGAUUAGUUCAAAACUGGGUCACAUGGGGUCAGAAACCAGGUCAGUAGGUGAAAUCUUUGAAAAUUGUGUCCCUAACCAUACAUUGGUAUUGAAUAGUCAGUUAUGUUCAAAUUUGGUCAGAAUGUUUGCCUUAAUGAAAUCUUACAAGGGUUUUAAAAUUGGUCACAUGGAGUCAAAAACUUGGGAACGUUCUAGUGGCAAUACAUCUGCUCUAAUUUCCAUGAAACUUAAUCAGAAUAUUUGCCUCGAUGAAAUCUUGAAAUUGUUUGAAACAAGUAGGUCAUGUGGGGUUAAAAAUGAGGUCACUGGGUCAAAUCUUAAAAAAACCUUGUGGACACUCUAGAGUCUAGAGGCUAUAUUUUUAGCAAUAUAUCUGGAUCAAUCUUCUGGAACUUGAUCAGAAUGUUUGCCUUAGAUUAGUUUGGAACUGGGUAACAUGGAGUCAUAAACUAGGUUUCUUGGUCAAUUCUAAAUGCUACAUUAUAUACAAUACUUUUUUUAUUUCAAACAGUUGCAAUCAAACUCAAACUCAUAUAUAUAAAUUUACCAACAAUUGAUUUCCAUUCAUUGACUUAGCCCAAUCAGGCGGGGGAUAUCAAUUCAACGAAUUUGCUUGUUUAAUUUUGCCACAAUGUCAUUUAACUUUGAUUUUUUAUUGAUUUUUUUAAGACCUUAAUGCCCCCAUGUAAUAACAAGACAUAGGCAAAAAUUUACGUUUUGCAUAAUAAGUUUUGCAUACAUGUUGUAGGUAUUCUUUAACUCACCUGAGCAGAAUAAAAGGAAAUAUUAACAAUAUUGAAUAUGAUUUAUCAUGUUUAGAUACUUUCUGUAUAUAAUAGGUUACUAAAUUACCAUAUAUUAGAUGAGGUUACUCUAGACCUUAAAAAACAGCAUAAAGUCAGAUAGGUAGUUGGUGACACUUCGUUUGCAGAAAAAAACACUAAACUUUUUCUUUUUUAAUUAAAUUAUGUUUUAUCUUGUCAAUUUUUAAGAUUUUCAUAGUCCAGGUUUUGGUAAGUUAAUCCACAGGUGCCAUUUCCGGAGGAGAUUUUGUAAAUAUUGUACAUUGCUUAUUUCUUAUUUCUGCAUUAAAUGCUCUAUCGUUAUUUAAUUAUUUCAUGGUUUCCUUUAUAUUGUUUUUAUCUUAGCAUAUUUUAAUAUGUGCAUAAUUACAAUGUUUGUAGUUAAGAUAAGUAGUUAGUUUGUAUUUAAGAUUUUUUAAGUUUUCAUGAACAAUUCAUGAACUCGUAACAUUAGAAAAAAUCUUUUAAUCAUUAAGUUAAUUCCAGAGUGGUUGACUAAAUUUUAAAAGUCUGUGUACUGUACAAGUCCUUGUCUUUAAAAAAAGUUCAAAUAUGUAAUUUCCUGAUGACUCAGAAUGUUUUCGGGAAGUAUUACAUCCGCUAAUGGAUUCUGUGCAGGUUACAAGCUCAUUGGUAGAAGAUUGUGGCAAAAAAUGCACAUUUGCAGUCUGUAGUGUUAAAUGCUGCAUAGUAUAUCCAUCAGUUUCGCAUAUACAAUGUACAGUAUAUUCUUCAGACAUGUACUGAAGUAUUCAGUUUGGUCUGUGUUUAAAAGUUAAAUGUUUUGUUAAUUAAAUUAUUUACUUUUCCAUAACUAAUUGAAACUACUGUCAAAGCAUGACUUACAAAUUGUUCAACUGUUCUUAUUUCUACCAAGUUAUUUCCUUUGAAGCUCUAUUGUUUAGAUGACACGUUAUUGUGUAUCCUGGAAGAACUUCAUCUUUAUUAUUUGAUGACUCUGAGCAAGACAGUCUUAACUCCAAAUAAAAACAUAAGGAGUUACGCCUGCCUUCCACUAACCAUUCAUUAUGCCAUAAUUUGUUUGUGCCUCAUGAUUACUUUUGUAUAAACUAUGUUUUGUGUUCAAACAAAUAAACAAGUAAAACAUG